AUAAGUGCACAUGUAAUAAUUAUUUAGAGGAGCCAAGUUCAUAUCAUAUUGAUAGAGAUUAACAAGUGGCAAUUACAAGUUUGAUCAUUCCAACUUCAUAGGGAUCUUCCGCGCAACGCAGUGCUGUCCCUGGCUCGGUCAACGUGAAGAAUUUCAUUUCACCUCCUAACGUAACUCCACCUUCUCCAAAUCGGAACCCUAACAAUUUGAGUUUCCAAUUGUUCAAUUGAUUGUUGUUAGGGUUUCUAUUUGCCGAUGGCGUCCUUGUUGGACGAUAUUCUACAAUCCGUGGAGCUAUGGCUGAAAUUGGUCAAGAAGCCCCAGCCUGAGCCCUACGUCAACCCAAAUUUCGACCCCGUUUUGUUGGUGCCUGGUGUCGGUGGCUCCAUAUUAAACGCCGUUAACGAUAGCGACGGUAGCCAAGAGCGGGUUUGGGUUCGCUUUCUCUCCGCUGAGUACAAGUUGAAGACCAAGCUUUGGUCACGUUACGAUCCUUCUACUGGAAAAACCUUGUCCCUGGAUCCAAACUCAACAAUUAAGGUUCCUGAGGAUAGGCAUGGACUUCAUGCAAUUGAUAUUUUGGACCCUGACUUGGUGAUUGGAUGUGAGUCUGUGUAUUAUUUCCAUGACAUGAUUGUUGAAAUGCGUAAGUGGGGAUUUCAAGAGGGAAAGACACUUUUUGGCUUUGGAUAUGAUUUUCGCCAAAGCAACAGGUUGCAGGAAACAAUGGAUCGGUUGGCUGCAAAGUUAGAAUCAAUUUAUGAUGCUGCAGGAGGGAAAAAGAUAAACAUUAUAAGUCAUUCUAUGGGUGGUCUUUUGGUGAAAUGUUUCAUGUGCCUGCGCAGUGAUAUUUUUGAGAAAUAUGUGAAGAAUUGGGUUGCAAUUUCUGCACCAUUCCAAGGUGCACCUGGAUGUAUCAAUUCUACCUUUUUAAAUGGAAUGUCAUUUGUGGAAGGAUGGGAACAAAACUUUUAUAUUUCCAAAUGGAGCAUGCACCAAUUGCUGAUUGAAUGUCCAUCGAUAUACGAACUAAUGGGUUGUCCUAAUUUUCAAUGGCAACAUACUCCUGUUCUAGAAUUGUGGCGUGAGAGACAUAAUUCCGAUGGGAAAUCACAUAUUAUUCUGGAGUCAUAUCCACCAUGUGAUAGCAUUGAGAUUUUGAAAGAAGCACUUGUAGAUAACACAGUUAGUUAUGAUGGCGAGGAUUUGCCCCUGCCCUUCAACUUGGAGAUCUUGGAAUGGGCAAACAAAACGUGGGAGAUUCUGUCUUCUGCCAAACUUCCCCCCGGUGUUAAAUUUUACAAUAUUUAUGGGACCAAUCUUGGGACACCUCAUAGUGUUUGCUAUGGAAGUGGGGACAAGCCUGUCACAGAUUUGGAUCAACUACGAUAUUUUGAGGCCAAAUACGUAUUUGUUGAUGGUGAUGGAACAGUUCCAGUAGAAUCAGCUAAGGCUGAUGGGCUCAAUGCGGAGGCAAGGGUUGGAGUGCCAGGUGAACAUCGGGGUAUCCUUUGCGAACCUCAUGUGUUUCGGAUUCUCAAGCACUGGCUGAGGGCUGGAGAUCCUGAUCCCUUUUACAAUCCCCUCAAUGAUUAUGUGAUUCUACCUACUGCUUUUGAAAUGGAGAGGCAUCAAGAGAAAGGUCUAGAAGUAGCAUCCCUUAAAGAGGAGUGGGAAAUUAUUUCCAAUGACCAUGAUGACCAAAACAAUUCUGCCAAUAAAAUGUCUUUGAGGUCAUUAUCAGUUUCGCAGGAAGGAGCCAAUAAUUCUUAUUCUGAGGCUCAUGCGACCGUCAUUGUUCAGCCAGGCAAUGAGGGUAAACAGCACGUUCAACUGAAUGCCUUGGCUGUUUCAGUUGAUGCAUAAUGAAGCAUUCUGUUGAUUAUGAUUGACAUCUCUUGUAUAUAAGGAUAUUCGUAUGAUGUUGCUGCGCCAUGUUCCUCAAUGUUAUUAUGUAUGAUAUAAGAAGCGUAUGUAUCAGUAUUAUGAAAAAGAAUAUCUGACAUUGGUAUUUGACUGUGUCAAGAGUGGCGUGCUAUGUACAAAGUCGUGUACAAAGUUGUUGUACCUACGCAUCUUUUUUUCUUGUCUCUGUUCGAUGAAAGCACAAUUGGACCAGACAGGAAAAUGAGAAUGUGGAUCAAUGGGAAAAGUUUGAUUUUUUCU